AUGGCAGAACCUGUCUCAUUACCACAAACAUUAACUCCACAGUUUUGUUUCUCGACCGUUGCGCUAAGAGAUUUUCUUCGUAUAUCUCGCGCCUCAGUCGACGAUAUUAUAACACAAAAUCUCAAUGCGCUCGUAACACCCUCAACAGAAGGUUUCGAUCCCUCAUCUACCUCAACCCGCAUUCCUCGAUCCCCUCACUCAAAACAAAUACCUGCUGCUGCAUGCCAGCGUUUUAAGGAUUCAGUUCUAUUUUCCUCGUGGCAGUCAAGAUCAGAUGUACUGAAUUAUUGCGCUUCGGUUGCUACGAGUCCCGAUCCUGAUGAUCCGGAUUUGUUGGAGAGACAGGUGGAGAGUGCGAGGGAUAGAGGAAGAGUGGUGGAUGAGAGGUUGGAUCCUUAUUCGGCGAGGUUCUUUCCUAAAGAGGCGCGGACGGAAAGGUUGGCAGCUAUUGUGAGACAGGAGAGAGGGGUGGAGAGUAUUAUAAGGGCGAGGAGUUGGGGGUUAGUGAGGGAAAGAUGUGGAGGAGAUACGGAAGAUUGGGAAGAAGCUCUAGAUCAAUGGAGGAAGAGGAGGGAAAAGAGUUAG